CCAUUUUUAUUUUUGGUAGGCAACGAGAUUUCUGGAAAUUAAAGAUCCUGCGUAAUCUCUCUCUCCCCCAAUUUUCCGAUCAAUUAUGCUUCUUAUUCUAGGAAUGAAUUCACACUCUCUCCCUCAACUAUUGAAGCAGUCGAAACUUAGUGUUGAAGCAAACAGAUUUAAUCUCUCUCCGUCAAAAAUUUUCAUCGAACAACAAUGUCCCGGUUGAAGAGAACGGCUGCAAACCAUGUUGGGGAAUCAUCUGGAGGUACAAAGCGUAAUAAAGGUUCAACUGCAAUCGUUGUAAGAAACAGUGGUGAUGCAACUGAUGAGGGGGAAAAGCUCAUAAUCAAGAGGAAUACAAGAAAAUUUGUGAAGAUUUUACAAUCUUUGAAUGAAAAACAAAUAGCAGCAGUUACAGAAAUGGGGUUUGGAGAACUUAUACAUUACAAUGUCGCUGCAAUACCGAGAGAGUUGGCCUCUUGGCUGUUAAAGAAUUUUGACCCAAUUAAAUGCAACAUUGCGCUACCGGGUAGUGGGCCUGAUUUGCACAUAGAUGAAAGUGAUGUAGAAUUGACAUUCGGUUUUCCACGAGGUGACAUCAAAGUAGAAAGGAUUGACAGGCAGGAUGAUAUAAGCAUAAUGAGUAAGAUAGCAGGUGUAGUGGGUGUGGAAAGACCUAACGUUAAAGCAAGUAAGGUUGCAGAGGAGAUGUUGAAGGACAUUGAAGGUGGAGCUUGGUUUAAAAAGGUUUUUCUAAUUUUGUUGGAGUCUGCAUUAAUUGAGACAUCGGCGUGUGGCUAUGUUAGGCCAAAAAUAUUACAUUUCAUCGAAGAUAUUACAGAUUUUCAUCGUAUAAAUUGGUGUGGUUAUAUGAUUUCCGUUCUGCUUAAAACGCAUAGACAUUGGAAGGAACACAAAACAACAACAUUUAGUGGUCCAAUUGCUUUUUUGGUGUGUUGUUAUGUUGAUCGAAUUUUCCAUGGCCAACGACCUGUGCCACAUUGCUAUCCAAUGGUCGAAGGAUGGACUGAAGGUCUUUUGAAAAAGCGGCAAGAAGCAGAAAAACAGGAUGGAUCUUAUGGCAAGGGAUAUUUAGAUGAACAGUUUGACAAACGUCAAGACAAGUCUAGGGCUGAAUUGGGUGAUAGUGGUUUAAGCGAACGACAAAGUGGAAAACAACCAAUUGAUUAUCCCAUAAAUACGACACACCUAUCUGGGAAAAAUGGUACGAUGAAAGUGGCUGAUGCUGUGAUCAAUCUACUGCAAGUACUGAAGGAUACUCUAAGGAUACUCCUGUGGAAAUACGAACUUUAGACUGUUUCAAAAUGAUAUGGGACAUGAUGAGGAGGGCAUUCGGUGUAGCUGAUACUACAAUUGAACAAGACACAAAUCCAGUGGGCACCCUCACACAAUCAAUGUCACAAGAAGAGUGUCGCGGUAGUCAAUGGUCUGAGACAUUGGAUGCGCUCUUGAAGGGGGCUGAGGAGUUGUUACACAAAAGACAUGAGUUCCCAAGUUUUAGUUUGGGAAUGGGGUUCACACAAGAUUUAUAUGCCGAAGCUGACAUUGGUGGCGGCAGUGGAGGUCUCGGGUCUGUAAACGAAGUUCUUAUUCACGAGAAACACACAACUGAUGAUGACCUAUUGAUAGAGGCAACAGUUGGUAAUUUUCAAUAUCAGGGUAGUAUCAGUACAAGAUCAAUGCAGUUAGUUCGUAUAAAAAAUUAUAAAGUUGAAUUGAUGUUGAAACCAUUUCAUAUCUUUAAGGGGGGAUGGUCUGACAAUGACAUUGAAGAGCAUCACCUACUUGUUGCAAGCCUAACUGAAUAUGACGAGUCUUUGUGUCAUGAGAAGGGAACUAAUGCUGAGAUUGCCAACGCAAUUAAAUUGACAAAUUCAAUUGUUCAAGACAUAGCUAGAGAGCAGGCUUUGGGUGUCGAGAAAGGGAAACAAAAGGCACAUGGACCAACUUUGGAAGUAUCAGAAUAUCAAGAUAGACGUCAAACAACACACAAGAUUGCAAUGGAGGUGCCUCCAAUAUCUGUAGAGUUGGUGCGAGGGGUUCGGAUGCGUGCUACGAAGCGUAAGAGUCCAGCUUUGUGCUCACCUUACAAUGAAAGGGCUGUACCGAUUAUGAUAAAACAGAGCGCUGAAGAAAGAGACAUGUACUACUGGUUGGUGUGGACUCAAGGAGAAAAUGACAACAUGGAAGUUUACUUCGAUGACACCGUUCUACUAACAAAGAUACAGAUGAUCUCAAUGAAACCUCAUAGCCAUGUUUUUGAGAAGGUGGUUGACGCCUGGGCGUCAUACUUGAAUCACAUGGAAUUAUAUCGAGCACCAUCGUCACCAUCACGGGUGUUCAUGACCACUUUCCCAUGUUUUCCUCGAUCAUACUCGCGAUUGGGAUCGUGCUACUGGGUUUCAUCAUUUCUGUCAGAGUGUUGAUUCUCAUGUCCAGAAUCUCACACAUUUCAAUUGGAAUGGGAGCGACAUGGUGUUAUUUUCUAUGUACUCCAGACGACAUUAUUACCUUAUUAGUUUUGGACUGAAGACUGGAAAAAUGGACAUAAUUGACAGUUGCGCCACAUCCAAUAGAUUGAACGAUCGUAGCAAGUAUGGUGACGACAUUGAGUUACUGCAAUAUUUUUUUAGUUCAUAUCUUGAGGGUAAGAAACAUAAAAUGCUAGCAAACAUAAUCCAAGGGUGCGAAAUUCGGUUCAUAAAUAUGCCAUGGCAAGGUACUGGAGGCAAGGAUGAUGCUGCUAGAUUCUUAAUGCGACACAUGGAAACGUAUAUGGGCCAAAAGGUGAAGGAUUGGCCAACGGGGCUUGCAAACAUAUCUAUGAAGAAUCUGCAGAUUAUGCGCGGUAAAUACUGCAAGGCCUUGCUGACGACGGACUUCAAUUACCAUUCAGUUGAGAUUAAGGAUUGUGUGAAGAAAUAUUUCAAGGAUAAUAAAGAGAAGAGAACCAAGAUAGGUAAGCUUGUGGCAGAUUUGAUGUGCAAGAAGCCUAAGUGAAAGUUGAUUUAAUUAUAUUAGUUAUCCAGUGUGUCUGAUUUUCUGGAUCAUGUGUUUUGAAUUCUAGAUUGUCUUUUUUUGCUGUUAUUAUGAAGAUGAUGUUUGCUGUUGUUAUUUUCCGGAUGAUGAGUUUUACAGGAUGAUUAUUAUAUGCAGCUUUUUAAGGAA